UCAACAGCACCGCAGCUCUGAGAGUGAUGCUUAUGAUCCAGUAAGCCAUGAUGAGAGGGCGGCUCCUGUUUGUGCUCUGGUGCUCCAACAUCAUGGCAGUGGCCCACAUCAUCACAGUUGGUGGGAAUCGCUGCACGAGCGACUUAACUAAAACCAUAACCUGUGCGUGGCACUUCAGCGAUGGUGUUGUGGUCGAGUCCAAAAAUUACAGCCUGGAAUUUACGACACUUGAUCCUCGAAGAACGGUUUUUUCCUGUCCAGUUCUGCAGACUGAUCAGGGUUUUUCCUGCAGCUGUGUCGUUUUAUCGGAUUGUUUUACUGCGUAUAAGAUAAAACUUUGUAAUGAAUCUGAAUGUGAGGAUUUCCUAGAACAUUUUCAACCACAUCACAACAUCAAGCUGACCCCUCCACCUGAACUUGAGUUCAAUGUCAAUCAAUCAGACCGCACCAUUAUUUGUCAAAGUGAAAAAUAUAAGGGGCAUCCCUACAUUAAAGAUUUCCUGUUCUAUGAAGUCGUCCUUCAAGAAUCUCAGAGUGACACUAAACAAAUUAUUAACCUCAAUUCAAUGAAAAAUGUUUGGAAUGAUUCAGAAUCCCAGCUGAAACCGAACACUGAAUACUGCAUCAAAGCCAGAUUUAAGGCUUCAAGCACAUCAUACCAGUUGGAGUCCAGUUGGAGUGAAUGGAGUAAAUCCAUAUGUCGGAAAAAUGAAGACAAAGAAGAACAAAGAUUUCUUUUACCCAUUUUACUCAAAACUCUGGGUCCUGUGUGUCUAACUCUUGGAGUCCUCCUCUUUGCGUUCUACAACCCUGCUACAAGAAUGAAGAUAAAAACUCUGGCCCACACACCAACACCAGCCCCCUUCUUCAAGCCUCUGUUUCAGCAACAUGAAGGAAAUCUCCAGGAAUGGCUCUCGCCGCAUGGCAAACAAGUUCUGACAUACAAAACUGAGGAGGACCUGAUACCUGAUGUUGUGACUGUUUUGCCAAAAUCCAGCUCAAAGGAUUUUGAGGAGAAUCAAGACUUCCUCAGCCUUCCAACGACCCAACUGGUUUUCCCCCUGAGUCACACCUCCUACGUCGGCCUACCCGGGAUGGACAACGCCUUCCCUCCUGCCACUUUGCUCUGUCCAGGGGAUACACCGUACACUCAGUUCCCAGGUUCCUCUUUGGGGUUCAACUUCCAAGAAAAAGAGGUCUUCUCCUCUGGUAUGAAAGAUACGCUAGAGAUCAGCCAUUGCGAUUCUGGCUGCAGCUGCGAGGACCUGACCCAGAGCCUGGAGUGCAGUUUACCAUGCAGUCCUGUCGAUGAGACUCCAACACCCAACCACUGCAACGAUUACUGCAUCCUCAACAAGACAGCCGAGGGAAUCAUUCCCAUUUUACUGGCUAAACAACGUGCCAGAGACGUUCGGUCUGAUUCUCUAAAGUCAGAGGGAUGAGAAGUUUAUCCAAGUUACCAAUGUGCAUCUGUGCUGCUCGUUGGUAACCUGGCAUAAGCCAGAUUGAUAUGUGUUGUUAAUUCUGAAUUGUACACUGUAUCAAUCUGGGAAGCCUCCUGUAGGAAGUGGUUGCAAAAAGGGCGGACAUUAGGUACUAUCGUUCGGGCAUAUUGGGUACCUGCUUCCCAUGUUGAGUUUUUAGCCAAUCACAGCAGCAGUAGCAGUUGAGACGUAUCACAUUCUUGAUUUGUUUAUGGAAACAACUGACGAAUCAAACUCAUACCAAAUCCUCUCAGGAGGAACGCCCAAAUGUCUUCCCAGCCGCAAAGGUAAAAAUCAUGUGUUGCAAUUUUUUUUUUUAAAAGAAAUAGAGGCUAUUCCAGCUAAAACCGGUGCAGCCGUGUUUGUUUUGCUUCAGCCUUCUGCCUCUAGUUGACACUGUGAAAUCAUACACGUCGCUGCAUUUCAUUGGCCCGAAAUGUUUCUGUAUCAAGACAAACAUAUCUGGUGGAUCCAUGCAAGAUUGAUCUUUUUUAGGAGUUUGUGAAUUUACAAAUCUUGCGACAGUUCAUCGUGCUUCAGUACGGAGUAGCAGCCUAGUGGUUAGGGCAAAGAGCUGUUAAUCCUGAGUUCAAGCCCCACUCCCACAGACUGCCACUCUGGGUGUCUGAGCAAGACCCUUAACAACCGAUUGCUCCCCGGGUACCCCACGAUGGCAGCCCACUCUUCCCCAUGGGGAUGGGUUGAAUACAGACGUAAAUUACUCAAAUGUGAAAUCAAUAAAGUUCAAUUAUUAUUAAUAUUAUUAUUAUUACUAUUAUUAUUGCUUGAAGGGUAUAUUCAUUGGAUCAGUAAAAUCAAACCUGCCAUGAUUUGGUCCCUGUUGAAAUCAAUCACUUGGCAUUUAAAGCUUGGAGGUUGAAAUACUUUUACCCAUUUAAAGUAAACUGGUUCUCUAUUUGCAAGAUAGAUGCAAGUGUCUGUGACCUGUCUGUGAUUGAUGCAUUUUUUUUCCUACCAAGAUAGACUAUAGUAGCAGCCGUUCAAAAUGGCCCUUCCCAAAAUUACUUCAACGGAAGGUUUCCAGAUGGAUAUGCGGAGCAAAUCCAUCUGGUGGAGUCAGGUUACAGCCAAGGACCCAUCAAGGAAAAUGGGGAAAUUUUGAA